ACGAAUCAUUCAAGAAAGAGAAAGGGAUCUGGUAACAAUCAUCGCCCGUCUAAAAAGUGCGCAGUCGAGAAGGAGGACAUUGUUGACGUGAUGACUGAUUCCGAAAGAAAACCGAAUUUCUCUUCACUCAGUGGUCCGAACGGUGUCAACAGAAACCAUGCAUCGCCACUUGUUGCCAACAAGCCCGUUUCAACAAGGAAACUCAUCAUUAAGAAUUUUAAAGACAAACCUAAAUUGCCAGAGAAUUAUCAACAGCAGACGUGGGAUAAGCUGAAAGAAGCCGUCAUUGCUAUUCACAAGAGCACGUCCAUCAAGUCGAGUCUCGAAGAGCUGUAUCAAGCCGUCGAAAACAUGUGCUCUCAUAAGAUGGCCCCUCUGCUAUACGAACAACUCAGAGUUUUAUGUGAUGAACACGUCAAGUCGAAUGUCAGCCAGUUCCUAGCUGAUUCCGUGAACAGUCCUUUGUAUCUAAAACAGAUGAACACGUGUUGGCAGGCACACUGUCAGCAAAUGAUUAUGAUAAGAAGCAUAUUUCUCUUCUUGGACAGGACCUACGUCUUACAGAACUCUUCAAUGCCAUCUAUAUGGGACAUGGGGUUAGAACUGUUCAGAGUUCAUAUCAUCAGCAACAGGUCUGUACAGAAUAGGACUGUCGUCGGGUUACUCCUUCUCAUCGAGAGCGAACGAAACGGCGAGGCCGUAGACAGGAGCCUUCUGAAGAGCCUGCUACGAAUGCUGUCAGACUUACAAAUCUACCACGAGGUAUUCGAGGUGCAGUUUCUCGAGGCGACGAACCAGCUGUAUCGCACUGAGGGCCAGCAGCUGAUGCAGGAGCGCGACGUGCCCGAGUAUCUGAUGCACGUCGACAAGCGUCUGAACGAGGAAACCGAGCGUCUGCUGCACUACCUCGACCAGAGCACCAAGAAAGCACUGAUCACCUGUGUGGAGCACCAACUUCUUGGUGACCAUCUAUCCAGCAUACUUCAGAAAGGAUUCGACAACUUGAUGGAGGCAAAUCGAACGAGCGACCUAACUCUCAUGUACCAGCUGUUCAGCCGAGUAAAGAAUGGACUGCAUGAGCUGUGUGCAGGAUUCAGUAGUUACGUGAAGAAACGCGGACGGGCGAUCGUCAUCAACCCGGAGAAGGACAAGACGAUGGUGCAGGAGCUGCUGGACUUCAAGGAGAAGCUGGACACGAUCGUGUCCGACUGCUUCCAGAACAACGAGAAGUUCAUCCUCGCGCUGAAGGACUCGUUUGAGUACUUCAUUAACCAGCGGCUGAACAACAGCAGAGCUCUAGCCAAAUUCGUCGACUCAAAGCUGCGAGCUGGAAACAAAGAGGCGACGGAGGAGGAGUUGGAGCGAUUGCUUGAUAAGAUCAUGGUGAUAUUUCGAUUUAUACAUGGCAAAGAUGUUUUCGAAGCAUUUUACAAAAGGAUCUUGCAAAGAGACUUUUGUAGAAAAAGUGCUUCUGUGGAUGCAGAGAAAUCCAUGCUGUCCAAGUUGAAACAAGAAUGUGGUGGUGGUUUCACGAGCAAGCUGGAAGGGAUGUUCAAGGACAUGGAGCUAUCCAGGGACAUUAAUAUUGCAUUCAAACAGCAUCUGCAGAAUAUAUCGUCACCCGAUAACAUAGACCUUACAGUGAACAUAUUGACGAUGGGCUAUUGGCCAACAUAUGUUCCCGUGGAGGUACACAUGCCACCAGAGAUGGUCUCAUACCAAGAAAUAUUUAAGAAGUUCUAUCUGGCAAAGCACUCUGGACGCAAGCUACAGUGGCAGCCAACACUAGGACAUUGUGUGCUCAAAGCAAGCUUUAGUGCUGGAGCGAAGGAGCUUCAGGUUUCCUUGUUUCAAACGUUGACGCUGCUGCUGUUUAACGGCACAGAGGAGCUGGCACUAGAGGACAUCGCUCAUCAGACUGGCAUAGAGGACACUGAGCUGAGACGAACACUUCAGUCAUUAGCCUGUGGAAAAGCCAGAGUUAUCCAGAAAGUGCCAAGGGGAAAAGAUGUGGAGGAUGGGGACAAGUUUGUUUUCAAUAACGAAUUUAAAAACAAAUACUUCAGGAUUAAAAUCAAUCAAAUCCAAAUGAAAGAAACAGCUGAGGAGCAGAUCAGCACCCAGGAGCGAGUGUUUCAAGACAGACAGUACCAGAUAGACGCUGCCAUCGUGCGCAUCAUGAAGACUCGCAAGACACUCAGCCACACCCUGCUUGUGUCCGAACUGUAUGAGCAGCUCAAAUUCCCAGUUAAGCCGGGAGAUUUGAAAAAGAGAAUCGAGAGCCUCAUUGACAGAGAUUACAUGGAGAGGGACAAGGACAACUCCAACAUGUACAAAUACGUAGCGUGAGAUGCGUCCCGUCAUGUCGGAUGCUGUGCCUUCCUCAUCCAUUCUAAUUGCCAUCACAUCGUUACUGUGAGGUGUAUGAAAGGAGAUUAGGCAGCACCGAAGCAAUCGAAUCCUCUCCCAUGGAGGGGUAGUCAGAGUUGGCAGUGUACAUUGAACAUGGGUGUAACAGGCAGAGACGUUGCAGAGUGAUGCUAUUUUAAAGUAUGGCGUUUCGUUCAUGAAAUUUUCGUCGACUUACACAUAUUUACGUAAAUGCACUAUCGCAAGAAGCUUUAAUUGAUCUAGGCAUGUAUCCGAGUGCUGAUAUUGGAACAAGGUCUUCACACUUGCUCGCUUUAUAAUACCCAGUCAUAAAUCGCAUUCCUGCUCUUGCUCUCUCUCUCUCACUCCCUCCCUCCCUUGCUAACUCCAUCCCACCCUCUCCAUCUCACUCUUUCUUUCUCUCAUCUAUCUCUGUUGGUCAGAGUUCAGAUAAUGCUCAAAGCUAAAUACUAAAACGUCCGUAAUGGAAAAACAAUUCAUGUGAAUCCUCUCAAGCAACAGAUGCUAAGUAAACAAACGUUGAUUAUCGAAUCAAUUGGUGAUAAAACAAUUUCUGAUUAAAGCCGAUUGUGUGCUCACUAUCUACCACCUACUAGCAUGUAGAUUGCCUUGCUAUGAAAAGCUCACCCGUAGAGCAAGUUUAUUUUGUCUAAGAUGUCUUGGUUUGGCCCUUGCAUUUAUGCCCUAUGCUCCAGCAUAGAAAUAUCUUGAAGGCUGCCAGGUCAUAAUAGGUCUUUUGCCCCGUGUAGUAUUGUAGGGGUAAGAAUGAUCUAUUCACGAAAUUGUCAUUGUACAAAUUGAAAUUCAACCCAUCUGGUAACAUUUUGUAAGGAAAGUGAAGGGUAUAUUUGGCAUCUUAAUCAGAUGUAGAAGAGCAAGCAGCGUCAACUAUAUUUUUAAAAGACUAACCUAAUAGAUGUAGAAUUUUCAGUGAAGCAGAGCCAUGUUAGCCGUGCUCGACUAGCAAGUUUGUACAGUUGAUGAGUGUGGAAUACCCUCUUGUGACAUGAAGAGUACAGGCAAUGCUUAUUUGUACCAGAAUACGUGGUAGCAUUAUCAAUUUAUUUAUCAGUCCAGCCAUUUGAAGGCAACUUGUCUGCCGACGGAUUUUUACAUUAGCUUAUUAGACGUUGUGAGGAAGUGUAAUUCUCAAUGGUAAAUCAGUUGACAACACGUGGUGGUGGCAACCUUUGUACAUAUAUUUUGCCGACGCCGUAUUUGGAAACAACUUGUAGACAAACUAGCUUCGUGUUGUGUUCUGCCAGCAGGGUUUUGCUGCAAUGGGUAUUUUUAACAACCGAGACAUGUUUGCCCGGUGCAACAGUUCCAGUGGCAAAGCUAUGAUACAUGUGUCAGUGCUGUUUUGCGCAACUGGACGUAUUGAGUUCAAUAAUAAUCUGCAUAUAAAGAGUGGAUGAAGUUCAAGACAGUCGAGUCCACAUUUUGGAGGUAAUCCCAUUGCAGGCAUCUUAAAUGGUAUGUGAUAUUGCACUCCACUAUUGUUAAAUAUAAAUUCAAUGAUUGUAAAGUUCACAGUGUUGUGGCAAGACCAUGGUGGUGAUUGGUUUCCUGCUUCUGUACAUAUUAUUAAGUCUUCUUUUUGUCGUUACACAUUGAUUUUGUAUAUGCAGUUUUGUGUUGUCUCAUUCAGUAAUAGCACCUUCGAAAUGGGCAAAUGUGUGGAUGCUAAAUUAUGAAAACUUGCACUCACUGAUGCAUAAUCAGACAUAUGCAAACUCCAAUCUGAUUAGCCUUAUCUUCAGGUUUAGUCACCUAAAUUUUGAAUGGCUAGUCAAUACAUAGAAAAGGCUGUGCACCCGUGAGUGGAACACUUCAUGUUACUAGUGUUAAUUUGCAUAUUUCUCCGAUAAAAGCUAGAAGCCACAUUUGUAAAAAAAAACGACAACACCUGAAUAUAUGCAAAUGGUAAUUGCAGCACCGUCAUGCUAAAGGGAGGGACUGGGCAGCAGUAGAUGGAGAUGUCAGCACUGAGUGUACGUAUUCAGCAAAGAGUUCUCAUAGCUAUAGAAUUCUGUUUAUAUCUCUUGCUCAUGGAAUAUAUAAACAUAGGUGGUAGUUAACUAAAGUCUGCGACUUGUACUGGUCCUCGCUUUCUCGUGGGGGGGAAUUUGCAAGCACAUUUUCAAGUGAGUCAUGUGAAGUAAGCAUUAUUGAAAUGACGUCCCAGUUCUGGACACGCCCUAUUGAUGAUAUUUCAAUGUUGCUUGACGGCUUUUCAGAGGCUGAAGUUGCUUCGGUGUUAGUGACGUUUCACAGUAGUGAGAAACGCGCGGUUGGGCCGCAUGCUUGGCCGCGCCAGAUUUUGUACAAGCUGUGUAGUCGGUGAGAGAUUACUAGCUGCAAUGAAGCCAGCCCCAUAUAUAUAUUUUUACUUGGAAUGUCUUGUAGAUUUAUUUCCGUUGGCCGUCAACAAUAUUACCAGUCUCGCGUAUAUCCACUGAAAUCCUACGCACACCCUCAGUGCUUUUGUUGUUCCUUACUGAAGGGAGUGUAGUGUAAUAUAUUUAAACUGUACCAUAUUGUGAUAAAAUAAAAUUCGUGUAGAACUAA